GCUCGGUGGCUGCUGGUUGCGCGCACUCUGCCUCCUAACAGGAAUUUGGGGAGUGGAAAUUCCGCUGUUACUUUCACGGCUCGCCUCGUAUCUCUGACAUUUCUGCUGUGACGGUCAGGCAGACGCUGCGAACAGAGAGAGGAGAGAGAGAGAGAGAGAGAGAGAGAGAGGCGGAGAAAGACAGAGAGCUGGACUGAAUUAGGAGUAAAGAUCUGGAGAGAGCAGCGCUCCGAUGAUCCUCGGGGCUGCUUUUCGCUGAAUCCUGGUUUUCUCUUUCAAAAUCAUCACUUGGAAGUACGUGCUGGCUCCUUUUUGAGAGGCUUGACGGCUGCUGCUUUUGACGGAUUUCCUCCUUUUUGAUUCUUAUUCCCUACAUUUGGAUUAUUAUUUCUUGUUUCCAGGAGAUGGCAAGUUGUUGCCUGACAGACGCGGGGAUCUGCUGCUGAAGCUCGCAGGAUGCUGGGGACCCCACGACAACCAGCUCUGCUACUUUGAGAUACAUUUUCGACCUAGCACCCUCCUGGACGUUUUUGUCUGUGUUUUCUUUAUUCAGAAUGUCUGUGUUGUACAAUCGAAGGAUGCUUUGUGGAUUGCUAUUGUUCCUUUUCGCCCAAGUCAUCUCGGUUGCUUCGUUGACUCAGACUGACAAAUGUGGGGGGAACAUAGAGAUCCACACCGCGGACUACCUAACCUCCCCGGGCUACCCCGGUGCCUACCCGCCCUCCCAGCAGUGCGUGUGGGUGAUCACGGCCCCGGAGCCCGGUCAGAAGAUCCUCAUCAACUUCAACCCGCAUUUUGAUCUGGAGGACCGAGACUGCAAGUAUGACUACGUGGAGGUUUAUAACGGCGGGGACGAGCAGUCGCCCAUGUUGGGAAAGUUUUGUGGGAAGAUCGCUCCAUCUCCGAUCAUCUCCAGCGGCAGCCAGCUCCUCAUCAAGUUUGUGUCCGACUAUGAGACGCACGGGGCGGGGUUCUCCGUUCGCUAUGAGGUCUUCAAGACAGGCCCAGAAUGUUCCAGGAACUUUACAGCUCCCAGAGGCAUCAUCAAGACCCCGGGUUUCCCUGAGAAGUACCCCAACAACCUGGACUGCACCUUUAUGAUCUUCGCCCCCAAGAUGUCUGAGAUCGUGGUGGAGUUUGACAGCUUCGACAUGGAGCCGGACACCACGCCACCGCCGGGCGCCCUCUGCCGAUACGACUGGCUGGAGAUCUGGGACGGAUUCCCUGCAGUGGGUCCCCACAUUGGCCGCUACUGUGGCCAGACGUCCCCGGGCCGUGUGAUCUCCUACACCGGCAUCCUGUCCAUGACCAUCACCACAGACAACGCCAUCGCCAGGGAGGGCUUCUCUGCCAACUACACCAUCCGGGACAGGAGUCUGCCCCCGGGGCACGAAGACGAGGAUUUCGCUUGUAUGGAGCCGCUGGGAAUGCAGUCAGGAGAAAUAACGUCAGAGCAGAUCACCGCCUCCUCUCAGUACAACUCCAACUGGUCCCCUGAACGAUCACGUCUCAACUACCCGGAGAACGGCUGGACGCCCUCAGACGACACCGUCAGGGAGUGGAUCCAGGUGGAUCUGGGAUUUCUCCGGUUUGUCACGGCCAUCGGGACACAGGGAGCAAUCUCAAGAGAGACCAAGAAGCACUACUAUGUCCGGACGUACAAAGUAGAUGUGAGCUCCACAGGGGAGGACUGGGUCACUGUGAAGGAAGGCUCAAAGCAGAAGAUCUUCCAGGGGAACCACAACCCAACAGACGAGGUUCACGCCUACCUCCCCAAACAGACGCUGGCUCGCUACAUCCGAAUCCGCCCCAUGACCUGGGAGCAAGGCAUCUGCAUGCGCUUUGAGGUCUACGGCUGCAGGACAUCAGACUAUCCAUGUGCAGGGAUGCUGGGGAUGGUGUCAGGGCAAAUAUCAGAUGCUCAGAUCAGCGCCUCAUCGUACGCAGACCGAGGCUGGGUCGCUGAAAACUCUCGAUUGUUGACGGGGAGAUCAGGCUGGACCGGGCAGCAGACCAAGCAGCCUUUCAGGAACGAGUGGCUACAGGUGGAUCUGGGCCAGGACAAGAUGGUGAGUGGUGUUGUGAUCCAGGGAGGAAAACACCGGGACAGGAAUGUCUUCAUGAAGAGGUUCAGGAUUGGCCACAGUCUAGAUGGAGAGGAUUGGACUAUUAUAAAGGAAGACAACACCACCAGGCCUAAGAUAUUUGCCGGGAACCAGAACCAUGACACCCCAGAGCUGAGGUCAGUGGGUCCCCUCUUGACUCGUUUUGUUAGGAUCUACCCGGAGAGAGCGACGAUCGAGGGCUUGGGACUCCGACUGGAGCUGCUGGGCUGUGAACUGGACGAUAUUACAACGGCGCCCCCUCCCACCACACCCAUGGCCUCCACACUUCCCAUGACCACGUUUGGAGCGACCACCACAGCGCCCAUCACCAUCCCAGGCACGACCCCAGCUCCAGAGUGUGAAGAGGGACAACUGGACUGUGUGGUGGAGACCGAAGCCCCUGAUGAGUUCGACAUAGUGACAGCAGGAGGAACCCCGGCCCCUGACCCCAUCCUGGAUUUCAUACCAGCGUACGUGUGGUUCGCCUGCAACUUUGACUUCUCAUCGUUCUGCGGCUGGAGCAGAGAGACGGGAACGGGUGCCGAGUGGCUCAUCCAACCCAACGGGGCCCCGACCAUCCACAGAGGGCCCACCCUCGACCACACAGGCGGACCAGGGAACUUCAUCUACAUGCAGCUUGGUGACAUAGACAUGCCGAGUAAAACCGGUGAGGAUGACAAUGAUGAAGAAGAGAAGGUGGCGAGCUUGGCCAGCCUGCCCAUCACUGCCCCAGACGCCGACCUGUGCAUGUCGUUCUGGUAUCACAUGUUCGGGGAGCACGCCGGAGCGCUGCACAUCAAACAGAGGAGGGAAGGGGAGGGCGGGCAGAUCCUGUGGACGGUCAGCGGGCACCAGGGCAGCAGAUGGAGGGAGGGGCGGGUGCUACUGCCUCACUCCAGUGUCUCAUAUCAGGUGGUUGUGGAAGGUGUUGCCGACAGACGCAGUGCAGGGCACAUAGCUGUGGACAACAUCCAGAUCCUGGAUGGACUCAGUCCUGAGGACUGCAAAGAUCCAGAAGCUCCUACGUCUCCGCCGACUGAGAUUAUCAUCCUACCGAUGGAUUCCCUCCCACAGGAGGACAGCGACCUCGGCGGCCCAGGCAACAUGCUGAAGACCCUGGACCCCAUCCUCAUCACCAUCAUCGCCAUGUCAGCGCUGGGCGUCUUCCUUGGCGCCAUCUGCGGCGUGGUGCUGUACUGCGCCUGCUCGCAGGGCAGCAUGACGGACAGGAACUUAUCCGCCCUGGAGAAUUAUAACUUUGAGCUGGUGGAUGGCGUGAAGCUAAAGAAGGACAAGAUGAACGGACAGACUAACUACUCAGAGGCGUGAGGUAGGGGGGAGGGACACACGGAGCUGUGAUGGCUCCGCACGGACUCGUGAAGCAGCCAAUCAAACGGGAGGAGCGCAGGGCUGAAGCCACCGACGGGACGGACGGCAGGGUGGGCUGAAAGUGAGCCAAUGUCAUUUUAUUUCUCAGGAGCGGCAGUAGAAAGGACUGACCUGCAGGGGGCACUGUGUAUAAAGAAUCUGUACAGCAAAAAAAAGAAGAAGAAGAAAACUAAGGAUUCUAUUUGUUUUUCGGCGUGCUUUGUUGAUUUCAUGUAAUCACAUGCUGGUGUUGAGACCAAUUCAGAGGAAAGUAUCAUUUGUGAACUUUUACAGACAGAAAAGAUUUGUUUAUUUGUUUGUUUUCGUUGUUUUUUGUCUGAUAUUUCAUAGAGAGAGGGCAGAGUUUGUGAAAAUUCAGAUAUCCGGCUCUUUAGCCGACCACAUUUCCCUGUGAGUGUGAGUGUGAGUGUUUGAGCGUGUGUGAAAGAAUCAUGUCCAUAUGCAUCUGCAUUUAAGGUGUGUAUGUAUCACUGAGUCCGUCUGUGAGGUGUGUGAGAGUUUCUCCUGUGUUUUUAUGUGUAUAUGAAGUGCAGGCAUCUUUCUUUAUGUGUGUUUGUUUCUAUGUGAGUGAGUGAGGGCGGGUACCAUCGUGACCUGUGUCUAGUUCCGACAGUGCCUUUUUUUUCUCAGAUUUUCUGUUGCCUUGUUUUCUGCUGGUUGUUUUCUCAUCGGCUGGCGUUUCGUUCAGGGUUCCUACACAAAACACGCGGUAAAGUCCGGAAAAUUAGUCCUGGAUUUUUCCAUAAAUUACAUGCUUUUUAGACUUGUGGUAAAGGGAUUUAUAUCAAGGUAACACUUUACAUUAAGGUACUCAAAGCAGGCCUAGUUACCAGGUAAUGCCUCAACCAGGCAACAUAAAAGAAUGUGACAUAAUCAACAGUGAAUGGUGGGUGACUUUGCUCUGUGAGCUUUAGAGAAACCAGGGCACCCCCUGGAGUCAGACCCAGUGCUGGUGGCUAGGCUAUACUCCGUGGAGCCCAGUUAGAAAAGGCAAUAUGGUGCCGCAACCCUGUGGGCCGACCACCUGCAGGGAAAGGCAUGAGGGUCGGCUGCAUUGGAGACCAGGCGGCAGGCAAGGGUGGAGGCCCAGGCGUACUGACCCCCCCCAGCAGUGCAGACUGGUUUUUGAGUCAAAAUGAGUUCCCCAUGAGGGUGUCUGGGCUCAGCCUUAGAGAUAAUGUGUGGAGCUCAGAUCUCUAAAGCAACAAGGAGCCACUUGAGGUGGUUAGGGCAUCUGAUCAGGAUGUCUCCCGGUAACCUCCCUGUGGCGGGCCCCCCGGUCUCCUGAGAAGACCCCAGAGCAGACACAGACCUCACUGUAGGAAUUAUACAUCUCAUUUGACCUGAGAAGGCCUUGAAAAUUCCUCAGGAAGAGCUGGAAAGUUGCUGGGGAGAGGGUUGUCUGGGUUGACUUACUAUGCCUGCUGCAACCGUGAGCCAACAUCGAAUAAGCAGAAGGAGAUAGACAGAUGGAAAGAAGCUUUGCUAGCCAAGUAGUUAACAUUACUGCAUUGGUCAAUGUAGCUACAUUAGCUUCAGCCAGCCACUGUUAGCAUAAAGUACUUCUAAAACCAGUCUAGCUUUAGCUAACAUAGCAUAAUGUAUCGAAGCUUUGUUUGCUUUAGCUUUAGCUAUGUUAGUUAUGUAGCUAAAUAGCUGCGUAGCUUCAUUAGCUUUAGAUUUAGCUACAUUACCUUUGUAGCGGCAUUAUCUAUGUAGCUACCAUAGCUCCAUUAGCUUUAACCUUAGCUACAUUAGCUAUGCCAGGAUGUUUUCAUGUAGGAUGAGCUUUAUCCUGUUAGCAGACUGUUUAUUUCACUUUAUUAAUUUCGUAAUCAGGUUUUGCAGGUCAGGUUUUUGACUUUUAACUGUUGGUAUCUUAACUGGUACUAGAAGUUGAAUUUGAUUUUAUUUUUCUUAAAUUUUAGCAUGCUUUUCCAUUCUGACAAAUGCAACAUCUCAGUGUGGUCCAGAAGGGGGGGGCAUCUGAGAUCUGCGGUCUGAAGCCAGGCUGUCUAGAAAGAGGAUUAAACCAAGUCCAGCAGAUCUAAGGAAGAAAAAGAGCACAUGUCGCUUUUUGCAAAUGAAGGUGUAAAGAACUAACAGUUACCUGCAUCAGAGACGAACACUGGAGGUGCAUCUAACAGGGAGUUACUCACCAUGUAUUAGCAGCUAAAUGAUUAACCCAACAUUCUGCAAGCCAAUUUGCAUUAUUGGUCCACUGCUGCUGUUAUUCUGAAGAUCUGAAGUUAAAUCAGUCUGCAUGUUUUCCAUUGGUUCACUACCUUUCUGUACCUCAUUGUAAAGUGUUAUUGAUACUAGAUGUGUUGGUUUGGAUAUAAAGAUCUUGCCUUUAUGGCAGUCUCACUGACAUAUUUAUCUUAAAACAAGCAUUGAUAGGUUUUUUUUUGAAAGCUCUGGAUAAUUUAUGGCAUUUCAGAAUGUGUGGGAGCUCUGAACGCCUCGUUUUCAUGGCACAUGACACAUCCAACAUAUUGUACAUAGUUUUAAUAUAUUUGAGCGCCCUUUUCUAUAUAGUAAAAGACACCAGUGCCGCAGUAUCCUUUCUCUGUUUGAAUCAAACUCGUCCCAAACGUACAGAAAAUGUACAGAAAGUUUUAACAACCAUGUUUGUGCUGCUUUUCUACGUGAUCUUCGUUGUUGUUUGGUUUCUGUUUGUGCUCUGGCGAGAGGAAGAGGAAGGCUUUGAGAUUAAGGAGAGGAAGAGCAUCAUGGGAAGUGAAGUUUUUGUACAGGGUAAAACAGACAACCUCAGAACUGCUCAAAGGAUGGAUCUUGUGGAGAUACCUUCACCACAGACGGCGACAUAUUCUCACUGGCACACGGAAUGACUGUGAAACCUUGAAGCUGAAGUGUGUCCAGCUGUGAAACGGACGUCACGUGUCCCUCUGAUGGAGCUUACUGGGAGUGGAAACUCUAUUUGAAGACUUUACGACAAUGCUGCCCUUUCUGUCAGGGUUUUGACUAUCAGAGGAGAAACAUUUGAAGGAUCUUUUACGGAGUGAAAUGACAUCAAACAACUCCCACAUGUGACUUAUCGCAGCGGAUCAUUCUGUCCGAUUCUUGCCUCACAUGUCAUUUUGGCAAACCACAGCAGAGACAUAUAAAGGCUUGUUAUCUUGUCUUUUUAAAUCAUAAAAACCCAGAAAGUUGGAUUUUUGGAAAAGGUCAUUUGCAGGCUUAUUUGUAUGGUUCUUUGGCUUUUUGUUUCAGGGUUUCUGCUGCACCUCAGUUUGCAUUUAACCCACUUUUAGGUUUCACUGGAGUGUCUUCUGACCAUCCAGCUUCACUGAAACAGCCUUAUGUCCCGUCAGAAACAAUCAGUGCACAGUUACAGCAGGAAUUUUGCACCAACUCUCUAUCGAAUCCACAUUAACAAUUAACAAGAAAAGGAAAACACAUAAAAGUUAAAGGAAAAUUCAGAAUAAAUAUACAUUUGGGGUCCAGAUCCGCUAAAAACAGUCAGACUGAAGACUCUGCUUCUUUUGCAGCAGUCAAGAUCAGUCACACCAGUACAAAUCAGAACCAAGUUUGAAGCAUUUAUUCCAAUGUCAUUCAUUUUUCAGGACAUAAAAUGCCACAUUAGUGCCACUUCAAGCAGUGUGGAUCCUUUUGAAUGAAAUAUUGGCUUUUUUUGUAUAAAUUGGUCAAAAACUAAAAAACAGAAAGCCUUUUUAAGUGCUGUUGUCAUGAUAAUUGCUUUGUUUGUGUUUAGCUUUGGUAGCUAAAUGUCGUGUUUCUGCUCACUUGUUUCUAGCACUGUUAAAUCAAGAGAUCUGAGUCUUUAAAGGAAGAAAUUGUCAGCCAUCAGAAAGACAUUUUUUCAAUAUCUGGACUGAUUUUUCUAUGUUUUCCCUUUUAAAAAGAGGAGAAACCCUACUGAAUGUUUUCUCUUUAAUGGACUAAAUGUGACAUACUUUAGGCAGGUAUGAUAGUUCCAAAUGCUGCAGUUAUGAGAACAGAUUUGGCCUUUUUGUGGAUAAAAAAGCUCUAAGAAGGAGAUUAAAAUCAGGAGCAUAAACAACAAGUACCAAACUUUAAGGAUUUUUUUGUUUGUUUGCAUAUGCAUGGCGAAAAAGAAGUCAUUGCUAGUGGCCAACACAAAAAUGCAACAACAAGAAGGAGAGCGCCAAGCUUGUAGCAAAGUUAUCAUAUUGAAAAAUGUAAAUCUUAACAGGUGCAUUCUGAUUUCUUGUCAAAGUUUUUCAGUACACUUAUUGCGAGCUAUGUUUGCCUUAUAAGUCCAGAUAAACUCUUUAUUUCAAGACAAAAAAAGCAGUAAAUAAGGCCUGAAUUGAUUUAAGUACAAGAUCUGCAAAAAAAGGCAGGAAAAGUUUACUUGAGUGUAUAAAAAUUAGAUUUACUUACUAAACCUGCUCCAUACUUGGCAAUAGGUGAACAUUCUGACAGAUUUUCAUCAUAUUUUGCACAAAUGUUCACCCACCCAAGAAUGGACUAACUAGAUUUGGAGGUCAUGGGUCAUGUCUAGCCUUCAGAACUGCUCAGAGGUAGCCUUUGCCUAGUUUGAAUGCUUGGCUUUUAGGGACAUCAACCUUUGCAAAGAAUUUACAGAGAAGCAAAAUACAGCCAACAAGCCACCACAGUUUAUUUUGUUUUGACCAGGCGUCUGCAAAGUCACCUGCAUAUUCUGUCUAAUUAUAGCCUAUCAUAUAUUCACAUAUCCAUUUCAUGGAUAUAUAUUUCACAUUCAUCUAUGGGAACCUCCCUUAAAAACUGUUAGGGAAGAGCAGGACUUUAAAAAAAUCUUGCAAAGGUGAUUGGACAAAAACUCUGCAACAUUCAUGAUGGGCCAAUCGGAGCAACAAGACAAAAUGAGGUACCGGGCAUGCACAGCUUCAAUGCUAGCCUGAACUAUAAAGGCUAGAGCUACUAUGCUAGCGUUAUCAUGCCAGAGCCUGUCAGAAGGCCGAGAGAUGCUUUCGAUGUGGAUCUUUGUUCGUUUUGAUUAAGAAAUGUUGUCAAGGUCUGAUUAAACUGCCGCUUUUCUACAGCUGCAUCCGAGCUUCUCGCUACCGUAGCGGUAGUUAUUGUACGCUGGCUUACAGUACAAGUCAACCUCACUGGUAAUGAUCGUAAACUCAUACCAAAACAGGUCAGCAGAAGAGGUAAACAUCCUUCCCGUCAUGAAAAGCUUUCAAUGCUGUGAAGACAUGUGGUCCAGCACUGAUAAAACUGACACUCUACUAUAGCUACAUCCGAGCUAACCGCUACCCUGCAUGCAGCCAUUGAUAACUGCUGACACUAUAACUUAUGCUGAUUGGUCAGAACCAUUUCUGGUUUGGUACAGACAUUGUAGAUUGGAGCUUUACAAGAUGGACUCGCCUGAUGACAGUUUGGCAAAUCCAUCUGCCUUGUAAUGUUGGUUCAAAGUUUCAAGUCUUUAAACAUUUUCAUAGUUAUUUUGAAGACCUCACAGGCAUCUGGAAAUUUCUGUCAUCGGGAAGCAAGUAGCGUAGUAGAAUAUAGUAGAAUGUAAUAUGUAAACAUGUAAUCAAGUAUUUUGUGAUCAACUAAAACACAGUUUAAGUUUUAAAAGUUAAUUUUGUUGUUGAUUUUAUACACUUUUAAGGACCAACUCGGCCGCGGGGACCCACCAGAUCCACACUUGAGAAAGGACUGCUUCAAGGUCUUUACACUUCAUGAUCAGGCCUUGUUUAUAGUAAUUGUACCGUGGAAAACACCCCAGCCCUUUGUUCUAGACUCACUGCAGUUUUUACUAUCUGGUGAUUGGAAACUGUGGGAUUUCUGAUUUGCGUAUAAUUUCUAUACUUUGAAAUAAAAUAUUUAUCUGGACUUAAAUGCAAACAUGGCUUAGCAUUACCAGAGAGAUAUUUAUGACAAGAAAUUAAACAAAUACACUUGCUAAGAUCUGAGUUGCUGGACUGUAAUGAAGACAUGCACAAUAUAAUCUUCAAUAUCAGCCCUUUUCUUCCUGUUUUACUGCUUUUUAAAGCUACCAUUAUAAGCUGAUCAGCAGAUGUUUCAAACUUCUGUUUCUGCUUCUGCAUUUGUCACUGAAAGUUCCUCUUGUGCUGAAAGAUUGGACUCCCCUCUUCUUCAUUUUUGCAGUGCAAACACAAAUGAAAAGUUGCAAAGUCCUGCAGGUUUUUAAAAGAACUAUUAACAUUGUGAUCAGGUCUGAUAACACUUUAAGUUUGUCCCAUGUGAACAGCAGCUGGAUUUCAAUGUGGAAAUUUACUGUGUUGAUUUUAAUGUAGCGUUAUGUUGCAUCAUGUUAGCUCAAAAUGUGAGGUUAAACUGUCAAUAUAGCAUCAAUCAAACAUGUUUUUGCUUUAUUUCUGUGGAGAAAGAGCCCUCUUAAAGCUAAAUUUAAAUCACAUUUAUGUUUGUGUUAGAACUAAGAGAUUUCUGAUUUAAUCCCAGUGCUUUGAUUGUUGAGAUUUCCCUGCAAAGCUCCUUACAGUCACACUGAUUUAAGAAUAUUUGUAUUUUCUGCCUAUUAUCUAACAUUUUCAGUAAAGAGCUGGGCAAGAUUUUGGGUUUUAAAGUAUAAUUUCAGUCUGACAGGAUGUGCUUUAUCAUCCAGGUGCGAAAGGAUGCUGCAGCACUCGCUGUGAAAACAAAUGUUGCACUGAUAUAUUUAAAAAAAAUCUGUGUUUAUGAUGUUGAUUUAUAAAAGAGAGAAAGACAGAGGCAGAGGAGGAGGAGGACAGUGUUAUUGUUGCUUCUUUUUAACACUUUCAGAUGACAAUGUUAUUAUUCUGAAAAUUUACUGAGAUGUUUUUCAUUCUCGAAAAAGCUUAUAUGAAGCGUAACGGUUUUAUUUACUUGGUAUAAUAUCACCUUGUGUUUUUGUCACUGAUGUAUGUGCCAUUGAUUUCUUUUUUUGUUUUAUUUGUAUGACGAGAAAAAAAAGUUUUAUUUUCAGUACUGCUUCUGUAACUUUUGCUGUCUCAGAUCAAGAAAAAAAAUGAGAAAGGAAAUAAGAAAGUUAAAAAAUGGACUAGCAGUGAGGCCUUAAGUGACUAAAAGUAUUGUUUGUACUUUGACUUUCUGGUCAGCACCCAGACUCAUCCGUCUCUGUUGUCUCAGACUCUGAUCAUCGACUAUUACAUUCCAAAGAAUUGGAUCAAAUAAAUGUUUUAAGUAAA